AUGGCAGUCUCCACACGCCCUCCCGCCAACGGCUUCGUCGCCCAGGCCCGCAAAGUCUACAACCCCAUCGGUUUCUCCAAAGGCUACAACUUUGUCCUCUGGUUCAUCUUCGCCGGUGCCAUGUUUGGCUUUUCUCUCGCUCGAAUGAUGUACCUCGAUUAUUACGGCGUUUACUGCAAUCCCAAUAGCGCUGGCGGCAAUGGCGCAGGUCCUGGUGAAUGCUUCUCGUACAACAAAAAAGAUCUUUACAAAAUCGGAAUCAAGAUGCAUCUCUACACCAUUAUUCCUGCCGCUUUGCUCGUCGUCUUUCAGUUUGUGCCUUUUAUUCGAUACAAGACUCUUUUGUUCCACCGCAUGAACGGCUACAUCGUCAUCAUUCUUGCUGUUGUUGGAACUGUUGGUGCCAUCAUCAUUGCUCCCGUCUCUUUUGGUGGCUCUCUCAUCAUCCGAGGCUGGGUUGGUGCUGCCUCAAUUAUGUUCAUUGGAUCAAUGGGCAUUUCUCUCUGGAACAUCAAGACCCUGCAGCUCGAGCAACAUCGUGCUUGGAUGCUUCGCGCAUGGUUUUACGCUGGCUCCAUCAUCACCGUGCGAGUCAUCAUGAUCAUCUCUGCUGUGGUCAUGUCAAAGAACCCCAGCUUCCGCCAACCUAUGCAAUGCGACAAGAUCGCCACCUUCUACGAUGACACUGCCUCUUUGGUAGCCAAGUACCCCAUCUGCAAAGACAACGAUGCCUGGGUUGCAGUUCAAGGUGAUAUGAGCGGAGAGAGCGCUGAGAAUAUUGCUACCGCUCUUUCUCUUGGUUUCUCUCUGGGUGUCUGGCUCGCUUUGGCUAUCCACGCUAUUGGAAUUGAAGUCUACCUUCACUUGACACCUGCCGAGUCUGAGCGCCUUCGCAAGAUCUCAUACCAGCGCCAACAAGAAAGAGGAUUCAAGAACCCUGGUAGUGCUGGCCUUACCGUGGACCGUCUUGGAGAUGCUGAGAAGUGGUACCCAGGCAAUGAGGCUGGGGUUGAGACUUUGCCCCCAACCAAGCAACAACACAGUGAAUCGUCAUUCGCUGAUACUGCUUAG